CGUGGCUAUGAAUUUCAGGGCAUCAAGGCCCUGUCAACACAGCUAAUCCCCACGGAUGUUGGCUGAAUAAGCCUCCGAUGACCAAACAAGCACACUGUGGAAACCGUGUCAGCCUCCAGCAGGCCAAUUUGUCCUCAUAUUACACACUCUGCUGGCUCUGUUGCCAGACCCCCAGCUCGAGGAUCCACGGUGAGCGUCCCCCCAACCCGCCAAGGGUUGACACAGCACAGUUACUAAGUCAACAGCAUUCAGAAACCACGACCGGAUUAAGCAGGCGGUUUUAUUUUGGUGGCCUGGACUUCAAGCAGAUUAACUAAUCAAAAAGCCCCAGCCAUCGGGGUCAUGUUUGAAUGCUACAGCUGUUCGCCGAGUUGACAAAUGUUCUUUCUGUGGCUUGUCAUCUGAAUGGGACGGGCAGGGAUGAUCGCGGGGAGGUCGACACUUUCAGAAAGAAGAGGGUCGUAGUCAAAAGACCCCGUAAUGGAAAACAAUCCCCGCCAGAUGGAGACGGGCAGAGGACUGCUUGAAUAAGGGUCUCCUGAAAGCCACAACUGUCUCUGCAUUGAAGAAAGCACAAGCAGGCAGCGGGAAAAGCGAAUGAAAAGCUGGACUGCGAGUUGGCAUGUGGAUCUGCUAAUUAAUAGAAGGGCUGCAGGUCAACAUAGGACGCCUGCAGUCAUGAAAGGUGAGCUGCUCCUGCUCUCCAGUGUGGUUUUCCUGCUCCGGGUGGCUUGUGGAUGCCCUGAGAAGUGCCAUUGUCAACCGACCUUGAAUUCUGUAGACUGCAGCUGCCGGGGUCUGGCUGAAAUCCCUCCCGAUCUGCCUCCUCAGACUCUCACGCUGCAUUUACAAGAUAACCAGAUACACCAGCUCUCUGCUUCUGCAUUCAGGUCAGUGCCACAGCUCAUGACCUUGAACUUGGGCAACAAUUCGCUUUCCAUUCUGGCCCCUGGAGCUUUCCAUGGACUUCAGCACUUGCGGGUCUUAAACCUGACCCAGAACUCCCUACAUUCCUUGGAAAGCGGACUUUUCCAUUCCCUCCCUCAGUUGAGGGAGCUGGAUGUGUCAUCCAACAACAUCAACCACCUUCCAGCCGCCUUGGGUGAGCGCUGGGAGAACCUAACCCUGUUCGCCGUCCAACAAAACCAGCUUCAGCAGCUGGAUCGGGUGCUCCUAGAGUCCAUGUCCAGCCUGAAGCUUCUCUUUCUCAAGGACAACCUCUGGAAAUGCAAUUGCCACUUGCUGGGUCUCAAACUCUGGCUGGAGAAAUUUCUCUAUAAAGGGGGAGUCAUGGACAGUGUCAUCUGUGCGUCACCAGAUACUUGGAAGGGAAAGGACCUCCUUAAAAUCCCGCACGAGCUGUACCAGCCCUGCCUUUCUCCCUCUGCAGAUCUGGAGUCCUGGCCAGGGCAGCCGCUGAGUCCUGCCCAGCAGGCUGUCCUGAGGCCUCCUAAGAGCCACAGUGUGGAGGAGCAAGACCCGUCCGACUGUGAGCUCAAACCCAAGCCCAGGCCCGCCAAUCUGCGUCGCGCCUUGGUCACGGUCAUCAUCGCUGGGGUUUUGUGCGGGAUCCUGUGUCUCAUGAUGCUGGUGGCCACCAUCUAUGGCUGCACCUAUGCGGCCAUCACGGCUCAUUAUCGGGAGGCACCUGUGGCUCAAACCAUCGAGCCUGCGAAGACGGAAGAAAAAGAGCUGCUUGACAACCCACCAGCUUGAGUGCUUUCGUCUCGAAUAGGAAUAGUCACUUUAGGCCAGAAGAUAGUCUCUGAGGAGGGCUGAUAUGUCCACUGUUCCGGCCCCGUUUUGCUUUUUCCAAAAGAAAACACAAAGGAUGUGUCUUUAAAAAAAUAUUUCGGAGGAGAAAUUUAUGUUGAGAUUU